CAGUUGGUAUCCUUGGAAGAGCUGAAGGCCUCCACUUCUCUCACAGGCCCCAUCUCCCAUCUAGACUACUCAACUUCUAGCUGAAGCUCAUCUUCGUGCUGUGGCGGCGGUGGAUCAGCACGGCUCAUCGGGUGGUUCCAUAACCAUCGUUCCCACAACCCGAUGUCUCCAUAACACUACGGCGUGACGGAGCCUGACUCGGACGAGAUCGGGUAGUUCCCGAUGGGGCAAUACAGGGUUCAGGUCUUAUUAUGUGGACAUUGUUUUUAUCGCCUCUUUUUUUCCCCUCUCGCUGUUCUUCUGCUAUCAGGCUGCCGUGCUGUGGCUUCGCCAGUAGCGCAGCGCUAUUCCACUGCGUAAACGUUCCGCUUUUGCGGUCGCGCUUGUGCUGCACCAGGGCUCGUAUGGACGCAGGACCGCAAAUGCCAGGGGUUGCCAUAUCGCAGAGCAGCGCGGCGAUUGGACGGCGCCGCACUGUCGAGAUGCAUAUUCCGUGCCAACGUUGCAUUAAACACAGCAGGACAAUGCAGACCGGUCUCUUGGCCGUGCAGCCUAUUUGCUUGCCCUUCCUCCUCGUAUCCUCGGUUGCAAGGGCUCCAUGCCAACACACACAUACACAAACUACUGCGUCAUUGAUGCAAGUUGCGCGCCUUUCUAGCACCGCUUGCCUACCCCUCCAGGCCAGGAUUGUUGUUGUUAUUUUUGCUUGCGUUUAGUGGGCUCCUUUCUAUUUGCAGUUUUUUUUUUUUUUUUUCUUUUCCUCGCUCCCUUGCAGGAGCUUGCUGCAGCAUCACGGCACACCCAUGCCCAGCCACACUUUCAGCUGGCAAAGUAGCAUUAGCAAA